GCAAGUCCGCUACAGGUUCGAGACCGAUUCGACGUACAGGUGGGGGCACCUGGGAAGGUAGUCGUAUAGCCUGGGUCCACUCGGAGUAGAGUGGCUUCGUAACCAUGUAACCUGCUAACGAAUGGCCCAUGUUCAUAACUUGAAGGGUGAUGCUUGGGAGCACGUUGCCAGAGAGGUCUUUGAUUUCCCGCAUGAGUGCAUGUGGCUGGUGCCAAGUGGCUUGACUAGCGCCAAAAGUGCCGAACCGUCGUUAUGGACACGAUGUGCCAAGUCGAAACAUUGUCGACGCCGGAGCGCCAUUACGCGGCAACAUUCUCUCUCCCGAUGCACCUGCCCUCGAACCUGCCCUUCCCUUCUUCUUAUCGAUAGCCGCGCGCCCUCAGCCAUGUCUGCCCCCUCGACGUCGGACCCGCUCAAAGAAAGUGGCGCCGCCUCCAAGUCGAAGAAGAAGAAGAAUAAGAAGAAGGGUGGAGCAAACAAUAAUAAACCUGAGGAAGUCGCGACUGAGAACGGGGACCACGACAAGCAGGAAGAGCAUGAGGACGACCCGGACGAGGAAGACGAACAAUCCAAGCCAGUUAUCCAACCGCAUGAGGGCGACGUUGACGAUGAACCACCGCUUUCACCUACCACCGCACAAGCAAAUGGCGCCGCAUCGCACUCCAUAUCCUCCGCCGUGGCCCUUGGGCUGUCACGGUCACGGUCACAGCAAGGACUGUCACCCUCCCCUCCCCCACCAUCCGACACCAGCGCCCGUCUAGAUGCGAUUGCGAAAGAACGGGACGCGCUGCGGCAGGAGGUGACGGAGCUAAGAAAGAGCUUGGAGAGCAUAAAAGAGAAGCACGAGGAGGAAAUCGGAACUCUGCAAGGCGAGCUGGAAGAAGCAAAUGAGAACAAGGAUCACUUCGAGACGCAGUACAAGAAUCUGCUGGGGAGGGUGAACACCAUCAAGACGUCGCUGGGAGACCGUUUGAAAGCUGAUGCGGUAAGUGCUAUAGUUUCAUCUGCUUUGAGUUAAGUUUCCUCUACUGACAGUGGCCAGGCCCGGAUCGAAGAAUAUCAGACCAAUGUCUCGGAGCUUGAAGAGCAGAACCGCGAGCUGCAAGAGAGCAACACUUCAUUGACCGAGCAACUUGAUAAGCUGCGGAAGGACAA